AUGGAUCCAAAAAUAUUUUACGAAAGCAGUAAAUAUGUUAGGAUGGUACCAGAAAAUAAAGAGAGUGAUGAUCCCGAUUUAUCAGAGGACGACGACUCAAGUAACCCGAUAGUGCCUUACGAGAUAUUAGCAUUUGAAAGCGACGGUAACAGAGAUCAUGAAGAGGAUUAUGACGACGCGGUCAUUUCUGAAACAGAUGUAGAGUCUGACGAUAGUGAAAAUAUGACUCUACAUGAAAUUGCAGAGAAGAUGAAUCCCGGUUCCUCGAGAACGGGAAAUCUCGUCAAAGAUCCCAAGCUUGUAGAAUUUACAGGCAAUCUAAAUGUGCCCUCAGAAGUUAGUAAUUUAGAAUCGCCAUCAGAGUUUCUCAAGUUUUUCUUGACUAAAGAAAUGAUUUCAGCAAUAACUACCGAAUCAAAUUUAUAUUGCUCACAAAAGCGUAUAAAUCGUCCUAUGAACCUUACAGAUGAUGAAUUGGAGCAGUUUAUUGGCAUAUGUUUGUAUAUGUCCGGCAUUCAACUGCCCCAAGCAAGAAACUAUUGGUCGCCACAUUUAGGUCAUCCUAACGUAUCAACAGUUAUGACACUAAUAACGAUAAUUUCAUACCUCGUGGCACACCUGGACAUGACAAAUUGUUCAACAUAA